GGUGCCUUAAAGUCUGGCUUCGCCCCCAAAAGGUCCAAAAUCUCUUAAAAAUCUUUGCUUGAGACUCCCAUUCAAUCCCAUGACUCCAGGAGCUGGGGCUUUAAGAAAACCACCAAAUAUCAUGAGACACAUGAUUAAAAACUAGAAGUUGGCAAGACUGAAAAUGCCUAUAAAGACACAGUACUUAGUCUUUGGAAGUUAUUGGGUGAAAUCUCUGACCUGUGUUCUGCAGGAGAAGAUGAAGAGUCUGGCUCAAAGACGUCAGUCUGCACCAUCUCUGGUCCUCAGCAAAGCACUUAAUAAGUCCAGAACUAUCACCAGGGAAAGCUGCUUCUCCCCAAUCAGUCCAGAAGCAUGUCCCCUCGUGCAGUCCUUUAUCUGCCCCAGCAGAGCCUUUGUACUUGAUGGUCAUGUGCAGUUGAAGACGGGCCUUCAGACCCAGGAACGGCACCUUUUCCUCUUCACAGACAUCCUUAUUGUUGCCAAGUCCAAGUCACCAUCUCAUUUCAAACUAAAGAGCCAAGUGCGUCUCUGUGAGAUGUGGACGGCAUCCUGCAUGGAAGAGGUCUAUGAAGGCAGCACUAACCCGGAAAGGUCCUUUGUUAUAGGCUGGCCGACCACCAACUGUGUUGCUAAUUUUAGUUCCCCAGAGCAGAAGGAAAAGUGGCUCUCUUCCUUGCAAAGUCGAAUCAAAGAAGAGAAAGAAAAAGACUAUCCCAAGAGCAUUCCGCUGAAGAUCAUUGCGAAGGAUGUCGGAAAUUGUGCAUAUUCAAAAACGCUUACUGUAACCAAUGCUGAUACAGCGAAUGAUGUGAUUCUCACAGCCCUGCAGCAGCUGGGGAUUAACGGCUCUGAAAAAGACUAUCAGCUGUGGGUGAAUUCAGGAAAAGAAGAUGCUCCUUACCCACUUAUUGGACACGAAUAUCCCUUUGGAAUUAAAAUGAGCCACAUUCGAGAUGCUGUGCCCCAGACACAGGAAUCGAAAGACUGUGCCUACCCUCUCGACUUUCAUGGGUCCUUCUUAAUGGAACAGCUGCCCCGGGAGCUGCAGUGCCAGUUUAUACUGAAGCCAAGUCGUCUGGCUUUGUGCGAGCAACUGAAUGAACUAAGCCAAAAGCCAUUUAAAAGGAAAAGAUCGAUCAUAAACUGGGCCUUUUGGCGUGGUCCAGGCACUCAGCUGGACAAUAUACCACUGUCUCCAACAUCUCCUGUUCCAGGGAAACUCUUUGGUCUGUCGCUGCCAGCCAUCUGUGAGAAUGACAAUCUGCCCAAACCUGUCUUGGACAUGCUUUCCUUCCUUUACAAAGAGGGGCCUUUUACCAGGGGUAUUUUCAGACGCUCAGCAAAUGCGAAAUCCUGCCGAGAGCUCAAGGAGAAGCUGAACUUGGGAGCUGAAGUGCACCUAGCUUGUGAAUCCAUAUUUGUGACCGCCUCAGUGUUUAAGGAUUUUCUUCGGAACAUCCCAGGCAGCAUUUUUUCAUCCCAGCUCUGUGAUAAGUGGGUCUCUGUGAUGGAUCGAGGGAACCAUGAAGAGAAGAUAAAAGACAUCCAAAGGCUAAUAGAGCAACUCCCCAGAGCCAAUGUGGUUCUUUUACGUUACCUCUUUGGAGUACUGCACAGUAUAGAAAAGCAAUCUGAAGACAACCAGAUGACUGCAUUUAAUCUAGCUGUGUGCAUCGCACCCAGCAUGCUGUGGCCUCCUGCUCCCUCCAGCCCUGAAACAGAAAGCAAAUUCACCAAAAAGCCUGGGAGAAGCUACUGUCCUUGGAAGGCCGUGCUAUGGGUGGGAAGAACUGGUGCGGAAAUGACUGCAUGCCAGAGCCAGCAGGUUUCUAUUCUGGUACAGUUUCUAAUUGAAAAUUGCUGCAGGAUUUUUGGAGAGGAAAUUUCCACCCUCUUUGGGGACAUGCUGAUACGAUGUGACAACAGAGAGGAUGGCUCAGAUCUCUCUUCCUUUCAUCUGAAUGAUUCUUCCUAUGACAGUUUGGAAAAUGAGCUCAAUGAUGACGUUGACUCUUCAUUUAGUGACUUGAUCAAAAAACGAGGUCAAGAUAACAGGAGCCGGGACUCAGUUUUGACUCUGAGUGAUUGUGACUUGGACCAGCCUGAGGUGGAAGAAAUUACAAUUCAGCUGCCACCCAAAUCAAAACCAGUGCGAAUUUCUACUGGAUCACACCACGAAUCUGUAUUACGGGAUCACUCUGAGAACGAGUCACUUCGCUCCAGUACCUCUGGUUGCUCAUCAGUAAUGGUCCCGGAUGCUCUCAAAAGCUUGAGAAGACAGAGACGCUGCUCAGAGCCCACGAUUGGCCUUCUUGCUUCUAAGUUCAGCCACGUCAGUGAGGUUCAUGAGAACGCAGUACGUAAAGCCAGCUGUGACGCAGUGCUGUCGCACGUAGAUGAAGACUGUCUCAAGCAGCUUCGUUCAUUACAGGUGGAAGGGCAAAAGCUUAUUAAUCAGAGUUUGGUUAUGGGGAUUGAUGUGGGUCAGAGUGGCACCAUGGGCCAAAAUGGUGAAAAGAAAGACUUGUCCAAUUGCCUCCUGCCCCCACCCCUGCUGAGAUUAAAUAUUUGCUCAAGAACUAGCUGUUCUAGUUUAUCUUCUCCCGGAACGUCCCCAUCUGGGUCCUCAAUGAGUUCCUUGGACAGUGCUUUCUCUCAGUUUUCAGACUAUUCAGUAUUUACUCCAACUGAAACCUCCUCUCCUUUAGAUUGUGCUUUUCAGCCUCAAAAGAAACAUGGAGAGCUUUCUCCUGAAUUUAACCCUUUCUCUGGAGUACCCCUGGGUGCUAGCCUCAGUUCUUUUCCUAGCCAAGCCAGCAGCAUCAGCUCCAUUUGUGCUAGAAAAGAGAGUCAAAAAAGCCCUGUAACUCUUCAUCCCAGCACAUGGCUAAAGAACGGAGCCUCCACAAUGAAAAAUUGGACUCUCCGAAAAAAGGAGAGAGUGUCCAAGCAAGAGGAGAAAAAGAAGAGUGUUGUUAAAAUAACUUUGGAACCACAAGCAGAUUCUUCAGAUGCGUCAGAAGAUAACUUAUGUCAAGAACAACGGCAAGUUUUAAAAACACUUAUGUCAACAGGAGAAAUUAAUGCUGCAGAAACAGUGCAGGAGGGCAACUUUUCUUCUUCCUGGAGGGGUGGGCAGCUAUGCAGCUCUCCACUUUGUGCAGGGGAAGCCAAAGACAAGAGACUAAAGGCAUUGGGGCUGUUGGCUGAGCAAAGCAAGGAGGAGGAAGAGGAGGAGGCAAACUCUCUAUUUGUUCAGUCACAUAAAAGACAGCUGUCCAACACUUUCACUCAGUGCACAAAUCAAAGGGCUGAGCAUGCCCGUGAGCCAGAGGAUGUUGUCAAUGCUGGACAUGAACUUUUCGUCAAGGACAGCUUAAGUAAGACUGUGAUUUCCACAGAUUUAGGAGGCCAGCAAGUGACAAACUCCAAGAACGACAAAUCUUUGCCAAGCACUGAAUCAAAAAAUAUUGAUGAGUCCAAAAGUGGCUUCUCUCGGUCUCCAAAAACCACAAAGGCAGUUGAUGACUGUUUGUUUAAACCUGAUGUUAAUAAAUGUCUUCAGAAAUCAGAGGAAGGGACCAAGGCCUUGGUCCAAAAUACAAAGGAAUGGCCAAACAAGCAUUGCAAUGAUUCCAAGUUUGAAGAGCUUGACCAAAGGUUUUUUGCCGAGGAGUCUUAUGUUUAAAAUCGCCACCUUUGGGACUAAUGUCGGAUCUGCUUAGGGUUUAAUAUCCCAAGAAAUGAACUUUCACAUCGGGGCUACAGAACUCAUCCUGUCAUUAUGGGAAUUAUCAAAGUAACUUCCCCACAUACUGAUAUUGUGAUUAACUACCUUUCCUGGGACCUUCCCAGAUUCUAGGAAUUGUUAAGAGAAGCGCUCAGAUCCAAGACACCAGCGAGUGCAGUAGUGUCUUUGACAUAGAGUCCUCCUCUUGACCACUCGUGUUAAGCUUUGUAGAUGUAAGUCCGUGUCCUUUGUGGUUUUGAUGCAGUAUACAUGGUCAGCAUAGAUUCCAUAACUGUGGUAUUCUACUACUGUUUUGAAACUAUGACGGUUAUAACUUUCAUUGCCCUCAAGGAAGAAGUGUCAUGCUUUGUAUGUUAACAAGGUAACUGUUCAGUAGUUCCAGUCCUCUCCGUCUUGCAGCAAAAGAAGUGACAUUAAAUGUAGACGCUUGUAACUAACAA